GAUCGGUGGGGGAGCGGCGCGGGCGCCUACGGAGGCCGCAGAGGGACACGCCGAGCCGGAGGCUGCAGGAUGAUGCGAUUCAUGCUGCUGUUUAGCCGGCAGGGAAAACUUCGGCUACAAAAAUGGUACCUGGCCACAUCAGACAAGGAACGGAAGAAAAUGGUGCGGGAACUCAUGCAGGUUGUCCUGGCUCGCAAACCCAAGAUGUGCAGCUUCCUGGAGUGGAGGGAUCUCAAAGUUGUCUAUAAGAGAUAUGCCAGCCUCUACUUCUGCUGUGCCAUCGAGGGCCAAGACAACGAGCUCAUCACGCUGGAGCUCAUCCACCGAUACGUGGAACUCCUGGACAAGUACUUCGGCAGCGUAUGCGAGCUGGACAUCAUCUUCAACUUCGAGAAAGCCUACUUCAUCCUGGAUGAGUUCCUGAUGGGUGGGGACGUGCAGGACACCUCCAAGAAGAGCGUGCUGAAAGCCAUCGAGCAGGCUGACCUUCUGCAGGAGGAGGACGAAUCGCCGCGCAGUGUGCUGGAGGAAAUGGGUCUGGCAUAGCCCCUGCUGGCCCGGCCCUGUGAGAUGGGGGAGCCUUCACCCACCUUCCCUCCCCACCCCACCCCUGCCCCGCCUUUCUCUUGGUGGGACCCAGCUGUCCCUCCUCGGCCACCUCACCUCUGGAAGGGGCUGUGGGCCCAGGCCCUUGAAGCAUUCCCUCCCGCCACCACCUGCCAUUCCCACUGAAGAAAUGUGACCCAGACAGGGGGUGCUAUUUGGCUUCCAUUCCCUGCCUUUGAAGAACCAAUGUUAUCCCCCCCCCCAAAAAAAAAAUCUUCCCUCCCAUAGCAAUCACUGUAAAUAUAUAAAUAUUAUCAGGUUAAAGGGAAAAGGUUUUCAGGGCUCUUCUGCCCCCUCUGCCCCAAAACCUACCUCCACCCCUCCCCCUAGCCAGCCAGGGCAGCUUCUCUGCCUCGAGGGGGGUCCUUUUCCCUCACCAUCCCCACUUCCUCCUCAGCUGCGGUCGGGCCUCUGCACGGUGCCAGGAGGAACAGCAUAGUUCAUUUUUUUCUAACCUUGCCCCUGCUGAGGGAAGGGACCAGGGAAGGGGGGGCCUUUGUGGGACACAGGCCUGGGCUGUCUCCUCCACUCCAUAUUCUGGGUGUGGCUG